AUGAAUUCCUCCGACUUCACAACCUUUGGCUGCGCCUUCUUCAACAUCUGCAUUCCUGACACCACCCCCACCCCCACCCCCUCAUCCAAUGACAGUAAUAAAUGCCUGUUCCAUGGAUGUGGUAUGACAAUUUUGAUCAGUCUUUUGGUCGUACUUUCCCCGUGUUACAUUGUUAUUCUGUGGUUUGUACUACGCCCUAUAUUUCGUUGUGUGCGCGCUGUGUUCCGCGCUGUAUGGAGUGUGCUCCGCGCUAUAGUCUUUGCGCUCUUCGGUAGUGUCUUGCAUCCGCAACUAGAUUUGACGGAGGACGACGAGUUGCAUGCAGGAAGUGGAAGUUCUCUCCCUCUAGUGCUUUGCGGAACUUGGCUGAGACCUCCUUCACCUAUCGAGGAAGCCACGAGUGCGAGUCAGCCAAGUACUCGGCCUGUAUCUGCAUCUAUCAGCUCUCAAGCUGCAUAUCAAUCUGCUCUUGGAGUUAGCGUGUCUGGGUCUGCAAAUCGCCCAGAAGCCUCGAAGACCGCUGUGAUCAUUCAUAUGCCAUCUCCCGUUUUCAAGUGUUGGAAGGAUAGAGAGGACCCUCCAUUUGAUUCCAAUGGUCCAGAUAAUGUGUUAUCAGAUUAUCAAAUAGGCAUCGCGCAAGUUCACCCCAAUAUAAAGAUUGCAGGUUCAGCUGCUCGGCUAUUGGCUUCAGUGCAAAACGAUAUGUUCUUCGCGAACCCCGCUCUCGUCUGA